UGAAUAACGCAUGCGCAGCUGCCACGCACCUUGGAAACGAACAAACAACUAGCACAGGAUUUGGAGCCAUAAGCAACAGUAUUUUGUGUGGAGUUUUUGUAAUUUAGGAAAGUCAAGAUGCCUGCAGGUGGCACAGUUAUGAAUCGACCGAUUCAGGAACAUAUUGAUGAGCUCAAGGCAAAGAUCGCCCUCUUAGAUGGCGACAGGAAGGCCUACUUCGAAACCUCCCAGUUUGCUAUGAAAAAGAACAGAGAGGGUAUUCUUAAACUGAGGAAAGAAAACAAAGAACUAAGGAAAAAGCUUAGUGACUCACUCUCUCAAGAUGAACAUGUUAUCAACAAAGCUUUUCAGGAUCAUCCAGUUGAAAGAGCCGCCAUGAAGAAUAAAACUGGGAGGCAAGCUAUCACUGUAAUGGAUCAUAAAGUUUGUGAUACUGUGAAAAGAUUGAACGCUCUUCGUCACCAGACUGCAACAAAACAGAAACGACUGGAAGACUUACAGACACAGUAUGGUCAGAUGCAGAAAGAUGCUAGUGAAGCUGUUAACACAGACAAAGGUCAAUCAGCAGAUGCACAGCAAAUGAGAUACCUUGAGAACAGUUAUGACAAAACCAAGCUAAAAAUUGAUGAAGCUACUCACUUGAGAAGAAUCUAUGAAGAUAUCAAGAAGAAACUAGAAGUGGAAGCUGAAAAGUUCCCAUGUAUACUGGAUGCUAUGGAGGCUGAGAUUCAGUCUACUCGUACUGAACUAAAGGAACUCAAAGCCAUGCACGAUGAUGCCCAGAUCUCCAAAGAAGCGGCCCAGUCCGAACUGUCGAAACAUGAGAAAGUUGUUUAUGCCGAGAGAAAGCAGCGUGAGAUAGAGCUCGCCAAGAUGAAGAAAGAGGCAGAAGAGAAAAAGAUUCAGCAUGAGAGAAUUGAAAGAAGAAUUGCACAGAGAAGUUCAAUUCAACAAGAUGACAUUGCUGGCCAGGAGAAACAAGCUAUACAAGGUGAAGAGCAACAACAGAAGAUUACAACCUAUGAAGAGGCCUUUAAAGAGAUCAAAGAAGCUACAGGUGUCUCUGAAACUAUGGAAGUUGUUCACAGAUUUGAGAAUCAGAAAGAGACAAAGAUCCACCUUGAAGAAUUGAAGAAAGACAAUGAAAAACAGAUCACACGAUUGACCGAGGAGAAAGUGAAAUUGAGGAACGAAUUUGAGGAGAUGAAAUACUCUGGGGAUGCAAAACUUUCAGGAAAUUUAAAUAUUAAAGUACCCAGAUAUUAUAUGAAUGGUAGUAGAGGAGAACGUAUGUUGGAAGAAUUCCAGAAUCAUCUGGACAAGGAGGAGGAGAGGCGUGACACUGCUGAAGAACAGUUACACAAAGCUAGCAAGAAUUUGGUGUAUGUUAAAGCAGGUGUAGAGCAUUUAGCUGAUAAACUUUAUCACCUUAAAGCUAGCAAAGGUCAUGUGCCUCAGGCUCAGAUAGCGCCAUCAUCAGAUGAAUAUGUACUAGACCAGUUGUCAACAUGUGAGGAAAAACUGCUGAAAUUAUUAGAGGAAUUGGACGGAGAGGACAUAAAUGCUGUUGUAAAACAAAUGGAGGAAGAGGAGUUCAAUGCAGGAGGCGAGGGUAAAUUACCACAAUAUAAUACCAGAGUUAAACUUCCACAAACACAAAGAGAUCUUGUUUAUGCAGAAGAUUCAGAUAGUGACCAUGGCAACGAUACAGAAUGGCCCGACAGAGACAAGAUUAAGAAACAAUCACAACUUCUUGUUGACGCCAAAACUAAACGGCGAACCACCAAGAAAAAGAAGAAGACCAAAUAAAUGACUCGAUCGCAGUUAAACAUUGUGAUGUCCAUUUCAAACUGCUGUUAAUAUAAACUCUGCAAAGACAGUUAUUAAACAAAUGUGUGGUGACUAUAUAAAUAUAUGAAACAGAAUCAGCACCAAAGAUAAAUAUAUGAACAUAUCUUUCAACAAAGACGUAGGGAAUUCUAUAAAAAAAAGCUGCAGUCAUUUUUUCUCCCCGGACUUGUAAAUUGAUUUCGGAGUUAAACGUCAUUAUUCAAGCUAUAUUUAUGACACCCCAUUCACUAAAGCUUAUUAGCAAAGCACUAAACAUUAUAAUAUAUACUAGUAUGAAUGUACUAUGUCUUUAAAUUAGCAAAAUAUCAAUUUUUUGAGCUCCAUAUACAUUUGUUUUCAGUUCUGACUUUACCAUGUAAAAUGUAUAUCUAAAUUAUCACAAUAAAUUUUUCCUGUUUGGAUAUUAUUAUACAAUAAUUAAUUUCUUAAUCAAAAAGCUGAUAUUUAAAGAAAUUAAUAUGAACCUGUGUUAAUGCCAUUGGUACAUUUAGAGUUAUUAUUGUUUGUAAAUAACUUUAAAAUCUGUAGAAAUUUUAAUGAAAAAUAAAAAAGUAUAUUUGCGAUAAAAAUUAUUAGAAUGUAUAAGAAUGAUCAUUGGUUGAAAUUGAUUGUUUUGCAACAAUUUUGUUGAAUAAAUUACAAACUUUAUUGUCAAAAGUUGAUACAUUGUAUUUUUAAAAGUAAAAGUUAUUGGAAUAGUAUUGGUUACUUUUUUAUUGAUUUUUGAAACUUUUAAACAUUACUUGUACCAAUUUGUGAAUAUUUUGAAAACGAUCAUACAAAUUUAAAAUGAUAUUCAUGCUAAAAAUAAAUUAAGUUAUUUUGUUACCUUCAUUUUUAGAUUUUCUGCUAAACAAAUUUUCUGUUCCAUAAGAACUGAAUGAUUUGUUAAACAUUUUUUUGCAUGCAUUCAGUACUGUUAAAUAAUUAUAUAUAACUUAACUUCUAUACAGAAAAAUGACAUUUUAAGAUAUUUCUUAUGCAAUGGGGUGGCAUUGCUUAUUCAAGGGUGGGGGAGGGGGAGGGUGGGCAGACACAUAACAUCUGACAUACUUUCAGGACCAUUUGACUUGUAAAGAAAAGCUUUCAAAUCUUGUGAAACGUUUAUCACAUAUCAGUGUCUUUCAAUGACAUUGAAUAAAAAGUAUAUUAAAGGGAGAUAAUUUUACUAUAACACUAACUAUUGAACAUUAUAUUUAUCAGGAUUUUCCCCACUUCCUUCUAUUAUGACCCACUUUAAUAUCUUGAUGUGAUGGGAUUAUAUUCAGGUACUUUAAGGAAAUAGAAGGUUAAAAAUCGCAUAUUAAAUGGCCACAAAAGUUUUCCUCUAAUUUAUACAUGUGAUUUUGAAGAAAAAUGAGUUUUAUGAGAAGUAUAUUUAUAGCCAGUUACAUUUAUGAAUCAGUUUAAAUAAGUGCAUUCUAGAGUGUUUAUCCUUUUCCUGGUUUCAUUAAGUGUUUAAUCAAGUGUGUGUUUUUCCUAGACUUUAAUACAUACACUUAUUACUAUAAAUAGAAGCUUUUUUCGGAAUGCCCCGAUUUACUAAAGUAAAAUUGAUGUAGUGGAAAGAAAAACAAGUCCUUUAAGAAAAAUUCACUUCCUUAUUUGGUAUUGAGGUUAAACCAACGUAAGACUUUCAAGAAUGUUUUAAAUAUUUUGCUAAAAGUCACUGUUAUUCUUAUCAAAUAGGGAAAAAAUAUAAUAACCGACUUGCUUAGGAAUGAUCAGGCAACAUACAAUAUAUAAAUCAGGUUCAUAAAAUUCUUCAUAAAAUCAAGUAAAAUGAGUAACUUUAGCUUUGAGGAUUUUUUGUUGUUGUACAUGAUAUGCAUGAUAUAUGAUAUAAUACAUGAUAUAUGAUAUAUUGCAUGUGUUGUGGCCCUUUAGCAUUUACUUUAACAUCAAAUUUUAUCUUUAAUUUAUUCAACUGUGAUGUUUUUUAAUGUUGUGAUUUUUUUAGUUAAAUUCUAUACAUAUUAGAUUUUUAUUUUAUGCAAUUGUUUUUUGAGCAAAAAGAUAUGUAUACAAAAGAAAAUAGAGAAGAAAAAAAUAAAUAAGAGAAAGACCAA